GUUGGCUUGUGUGGAUAUCAGGGAUCUGUGUCGGUGGUACAACCAGACUACCUGGGAGUCUUGGAAAAAGAAUGGUGCAAGCAGUGGCUUUCUAACUUGCUGGCUGAAAAUGUACUGGGGUUAAUAUGCGGCCAUGGCCCCGAAGAAGAUGCCUCCGAAGAAGGGCGGUGAGGCACCCAAGCAGCCGCCUCUGAUUGGGAGGUUUGGAACAUCCCUGAAGAUUGGAAUUGUUGGAUUACCAAAUGUUGGGAAAUCAACUUUCUUCAACGUUCUGACUAAGAGUCAGGCUGCAGCAGAGAAUUUCCCCUUCUGUACUAUUGACCCAAAUGAGAGCAGAGUGCCUAUCCCCGAUGAACGCUUUGAUUACCUCUGCCAGUUCCACAAACCUGCCAGCAAAGUUCCCGCAUUUCUGAACGUAGUGGACAUUGCUGGUCUGGUGAAGGGAGCCCAUGCUGGGCAGGGCCUUGGGAAUGCUUUCCUGUCUCACAUCAAUGCCUGCGAUGCCAUUUUCCACAUGACACGAGCGUUUGAAGACGAAGACAUCAUCCACGUGGAAGGGAACGUCGAUCCGGUCCGGGACAUUGAAAUCAUUCACGAGGAGCUGAGGCUAAAGGACGAAGAGCUCAUUGGACCGAUAAUUGACAAACUGGAGAAAGUGGCCGUAAGGGGAGGAGACAAGAAGCUGAAGCCGGAAUACGACAUAAUGUGCAAAAUCAAGAACUGGGUAGAGGAUGAAAAGAAACAUGUCCGUUACUGUCACGAAUGGAACGACAAGGAGAUUGAAGUAUUGAACAAAUACUUGUUUUUGACUUCCAAGCCAAUGAUUUAUCUCGUCAACCUGUCUGAAAAAGACUACAUUAGAAAGAAGAACAAAUGGUUGGUCAAAAUUAAAGAGUGGGUGGACAGUCAUGACCCAGGGGCUAUGGUCAUCCCCUUCAGCGGCGGACUGGAACUCAAGCUCCAAGACAUGAGCGAUGAGGAAAAGGAGAAGUACACAGAGGAGCAUAAGACACAAAGUGUGCUCACCAAGAUCAUUAAGAGCGGGUAUGCAGCUCUUCAGCUGGAAUACUUUUUCACUGCUGGACCAGAUGAAGUGCGCGCUUGGACCAUCAGGAAAGGAACGAAGGCACCACAGGCUGCAGGGAAGAUCCAUUCGGAUUUUGAAAAGGGCUUCAUUAUGGCUGAAGUAAUGAAAUUCCAGGAUUUUAAAGAAGAAGGCAGCGAGUCUGCUGUCAAGGCGGCUGGAAAAUACAGACAACAGGGUAGAAACUACACUGUGGAAGAUGGAGAUAUUAUCUUUUUUAAAUUUAAUACGCCAAAUCAGCCUAAGAAGAAGUGAUCUGGAAGCGUUUUUCCCCAGUAAAUGAACUGUGUGGUGAGGGAAGGCUGUUCAUUGUUUUAGACAGAAUUAGCUGGAAGGAGUGAUUGGUACCUGCCAAGGAUCAGCAGUGCCUCUGCCCAGCCCCAUUAUCUGUGUUUGUUUUUUGGCUUCGAUAAUACAGCUCCCCGAAAGCACAGGUCCACUAAAUGUUGACAGCUUUGCUAUUUAAGAUUAGGACCCCACUCCAAAUUGUAGAAGCAUUUGAAGAACCACAUUACUCUCAUGAUACUUCAUUAAUCUCCAUCAUGUAAGCCAAACUUGACACAUUUGACAGCUGCGACAAUGCAACUUGCUCCUUUCUGAAUCUACAGAUAAUGCAUGUUUUACAGUACCCCAGAUGUCUACACUCAAUAAAACAUUUGACAAAACCAG